UUUUUAGGAAAAGAGGAGGGGCUUCAUCAGAACAGUUUAUCCAGUGCGCUGUGUCUCACAUGCAGACCUGAACUCUCCUCCUGGAUUAGCUGUUUCAUUUUGGUGAAUCAAGACAGAAAGUGGGAACAAUGAGGAGCCAGAAGCUGGGUUUCCUGUCCAGGCUGCUCUGCAAAUGGCCUCAGUGUUUUACUAGCGACAGUCGACUCUUAUUGGUAAAUCAAUGCUUCCUGUGCUCCUGCUGGUCAGACUGGUGAUACUGGGAGCUGCAGCACAUACGGCCUGGGGGGAUGAUGACAAGUUUGAGUGUAAUUCUAGAAUGCCAGGCUGUAAAGAGAUCUGUUACGAUCAGCUCACACCUUUGGCUGCUACACGUUUGUGGACACUACAGCUGCUUUUAGUUUUGUGUCCGGGUCUAGUUUUCCUCUGCUACUUGCUCCACUUGAUCAACCAGGACAAUCAGGUAAAGAAGGCUGAUGGUAAGGUCAAAGGUCACGCUCUGGGCUUGUACCAGGCCUGCAUGGUGUCUGUGAUACUGAUAGAGGUUGUGUUUGUAUUGAUACAGCCACUACUCUACGGCUUCUGGGUGCGUGUGAACUACAGCUGUUCAAGGUUUCCAUGUUCCCACCAAGUCGACUGUUUUGUUCCUCGUUCGGGGCAAAAGACCAGUUUCCUCUUCAUCAUGUUCAUCGCGUCCUGCGUUUCUCUGCUGCUGAGCGCCGUGGAGCUGAUUUGUGUGAUGGUGAGGAACAAGCAGCAGCACGGAGCGAACGUCGUUCAGUCGGGGUCAGAGGUCACAGAGGAUCCAAGCUUCCUGGAGCAGCUGCUGAGCCUGUGGCACUGUCACUCCAGCCUCUUAGGUAAAACAAGCCUCCCAGUGUUGCAGCUGAUCCGUGUGGUUAUGGUGGGAGCAGCGGUGCAGCCGGUCUGGGACAAAGAGUUCACAGGAUUUGUUUGUGACACUCAACAACCAGGCUGCACUUACGCUGCAUUCAGUCACAUCUUCUCUUUGUCUUUGCAUCAGUACUGGACUCUGCAGGUGGUUCUGAUUUUGGCUCCUGGUCUGAUUUUUCUUUGCUACUUGGUUCAUGUCAUCAUGCAGAAUAAAAAGUGCGACCAAGGAGCUCAGGUUAAAGGUCACGUCCUCAGGGCUUAUCUGGGUCUCCUGUCAGCAGGUGUUCUGCUGGAGGAGAGUCUGGACUCAGCAAGAUGUUCAAAAGUCCAAUACUAAACAUUACUGUGACACAUCUAGGGCUGAUUUGGACAUUAUCAACAGUUUUAGGAGAGUUUUGUAAACUGUGUGUGUCUGUGUUCAUGACAGAUGUGUUGUUCACCUGCUGCUUUUCUCUGUCCUCAGGUGGGAUUUGCUCUGUUUCAGGCUGUAACCUUCGGCUUCUACCUGUCCAACACGUAUACAUGUGGCAUGAAUCCAUGUCCGGGUCAAGUCGAUUGUUACAUGUCCCAGACAACAGAGAAGUCGUGGUUCAUCGUCAUCAUGUUCACUGUGACGUGUCUGUCAGGCCUGUUU